AAAAAUAAAGUCGAAGAGACGUUAGGACUUCAAUUUGGUAAUGUUUGGCGGCUCGUAUCGACUCUCCCUCGUGGCGACCUAUUGAACCAAUCCCUCCUUUAUAAAUAUCGUCAUUUUUCACUCUCAUUGAAACUUCGCGGCAGACAACGAGGGAAGACGCACUGCACUUGAAGUAUCUCCAAUUUUCUUGCUCUCCAUAACUUCCAGUUUCCCACUUUCCAUCACUUUCUCUCCUUCCAAACAUGAACUCCACCGCAUUUACAACAACAACACUCCCUCAUUUCUCCUCCGCCCGCUCCGCCGCCGCCGAGUCAUCGUCAAACCGCCAAUUCCACAACCCUGUACCCUCCAAAUUGAAACUUGACACCCAAAACAACAACAUAAAUUUCUUGUCCAUCAAAUGCAUCCCCAGUCGAGGAAUUCGAAUCCCGAACGCGUUGGCUCUGACGGCGACGCAGGCUCGGCCGUCGGAGCCCAGGGAGAGGGUGGCCGACAAGCUGAAACGCCUCGUUUUGGAAUUCAAGUCUCUGUCGGAGCCAAUUGACCGCGUGAAGCGGCUACUACACUACGCGGCGAGGCUCCCGCCGCACAGUGAGUGUGCGCGGGAGCCGGAGAGCCGGGUCCAGGGGUGCUCGACGCAGGUGUGGGUGGAGGCAGAGAUGGACGAGGUGGGGAGGAUGAGGUUCCGGGCUGACAGCGACUCGGAGAUCGCGAAGGGGUUCUGCUCGUGCCUGAUGUGGUUGCUGGACGGCGCGGAGGCGCGUGAGGUUCUGGCGGUGGAGGCGCGGGAUUUGGACGACGUGAACGUGGGGGUGUACGGGAAGGUCAAUUCAAGAGUGAACACGUGGCACAGCGUGCUGCUGGCGAUGCAGAGGAAGACUCAGGCUUUGGUGGCGGAGCGAGAGCAGGGGAUGCGGGGUGCUAAUUCUUUCCUUGACGAGGUCAAUGGUUAAGCCAUCGCUAUUUCGUUUUUGAUGAGCGAUAUUGGCGCGAAAGGGUAAAUCGACUUGGUGAGACGGUAAUUGAAUUCGAGACUUUGGAUGCAAAGUUAUUGAGAUACAAGUCCCUCAAUAAUUUUGGUAACUUCUGAAUUAAGGUAGCUGUAUUUGAACCACAUUAUUGUGUGUUAGUAAAAUAUGGUGUGUCGAAACAAAUUUAUUGUGGAGUAUUAGAAUAUGGGCGUGGAGUUGCUGAUGUGGGGAAGUCGGGUUUUUUGAAAGGGAAUUGUUAUUGGUAUUUCAAAUUUCUCAUUCUACACUUCAAACUUUUUAUAUUUAGAAAGAAAAAUACACUUGUGAAAAGUGUAGAAUGAGAUUUUUUGAGUGCCGAUAACACUUCCCUUUUGAAAAAUAGGGGAAUAUAUGUGAAGUUGGAAGGUGUUAAGUGGAAUAAUGUUUGUUGUUUCGAAAAAAGAAGCAAUGAAAAUAAUU